AUGGGCAUCAUGACUAAUGUGGGAAAAGCAUUGGACAAAGCAAAAGAAGAAGCACAGUUCUUCAGUUCUUCCAAGGCAACUAUUAUUGUCGUUCUGGUAGCCUGGAAGUCAAACGAUGAACUGGGGAUACCUGCCUUUGAACUAAAGAACAGCAGUGUGAAUAUUAUUGCAUUGGGAUUAGGAUUGAACUAUCUCGUGGCUGAUUUAUAUCUUUUGGCCAGCAAUUCUAAACCUGAUUAUAUACUGACGGUGCAGUUUGGUGAUUUAAAGACAUUCGUGACAGUUACAAGGGAUAAAAUAUAUCAAGGUGUGGAACAUAACAUCAACUGUUCAACGUUUUAUUAUUAUUAUUUAUUUAUUGAUUGAUUUUUCUGUGAGGAAACGUUUGAUUGAUGUACCACGGGCCGGAGUUUUGGCAUAUGAAGUUGAAAAUAUCGUUACAAAUUACUCCCCUUUUUUAAAAUGGCGUCCAUCUUGGAUUGAAAAUGCAGUCUAAUCUUAGCCAGUUUCGUGUUUUAAAAUUGCUUUUUCUUGUCGUAUAAAAUGUGUGUUAAUAUUAAUGAUAUAUCUCUUUUAAUAUGAUUGAUGGUCCUUUUCUGUCACUUUAGUUGCAAAUCCUUGCUCCAGUGCUAACUGUAAUCCCGGGGAAAGAUGUGUCAGUCUAUAUGGAGUUAAUGCAGGAUAUAAUUGCAUUCCACGUAAGUCAAGUGCACGAUCGAUUUGUGUAGAUUGAGGGGAAACUUGAACGCCUACUGAAAAAACAACAACAACAACAACUGAUGCUCUUUGGCAUAAGUGAAAUUGACUCUCCAUUAAGUUUUAGGGAUGCUGUGUUCAUUAUUUGACUUGAUCGAGUGCCUCGAUCACUUUUAUAAGAUAGUGUUGUUAGAUUCUGUGAAGCCCGGCGAGAGAAUUAGCUCAUGUGAAGUAGAUUAUCAUCAACUUCAACGUUUAAAUCGAUAUUGCAGUCACAAAUAACAUUUCAAACACAUCUUAUCUUUACUUGUCAAAGGUACACCAAUAAUCGUUGGGUGCAUGGCUUUUAAAUUGUAACCAGCCUUUGAAUACCUUGAUAAAAUCCCUCUUUUGUUUUAUGUAACUAUCUGAUUUCAAAAUUAAAUAGAUACUUUCUUUAUAUUUUCAUUUGUAGCGGCAAGCGUCUGUUAUCCCAACCUGUGUAAAAAUGGAGGAAACUGUACUAUAACCGGUUACAGUUCUUACAACUGUUCCUGUCCACGUGGAAUAGGAGGGGAGAAUUGCACGGCAGGUAAGUCACUGUGGUUAAUUAAGUUAAUAUCUGAUAAUAGACUCGCAAUUAUACUACCUUAGGACAAAUAUUUGUAGACCGUAUCCAACUGUCCAAAUAUAGCCUUACCGGGCUGUCUUUUUACCCCUCACGCAACCACGGGGUGGAGGAAGGGGGACUGCGGACUGGCUCGUUAUUUUCAUAUAACCCCUAAAACUGCAUUUUAUUUCCUUUUUAAAGAUAUUUUUAAUGAUUGUCUUUCGGAGCCUUGCCAAAAUGGAGGAUCCUGUGAAAACCUACUUGGUGAUUACAGAUGUAAUUGCACAUCAGGUUUUACCGGAAGGCAAUGCGAUAUAGGUAUGUACUACUGGAUUUCCUUACUAACCCUCUUAGCCCUAAGAGUGAUCAGCAUCAACUUUCUCCUUGUAAUAUCAAAGCUUUGUAAAACAGAGUGGUGAUAAGAAAUACGGAAAUGAUCACACAAGAUGAAUUUGCUUGAUAUUUAAUCAACUUCUUCCCAUUACUUCUGUAGAAAAUGAUAGGGGCAACAAAUGAGAAUUUCAAAUUUUGAUUGUAGGGUUUAAAGGUUUGAAUCGACUUCCAGUUAUUCAAUUUACUUUAUUUAAGUUAUGUAGAUGUAACUACAGUAGGUAGUACCCUACCCUGGGGGUACCCGCAAGUGGCCGCUCAUUAGAGGUUCGUCAGAAAUUAGCAUAAUCGUUAGCAGAAACAUCACUGUAUUUUGAAACAAAUGCGCGACGGGGGAAACAAUUUACUGGUCUACAAUCGGUUGUCACCUUCUAUUUGGGACUGUAUUUUCCUUUAUCAUAUUCUUAACAUGAAGCCAAACUAAGUGUAUCAAGCGCUUGAUGGUUCAUUAAUAGAGGUGCCAAUAAUUGGUAAAGGCUCUUUGGGAUAGCCAAAUGAUGACCGCGGUUUAUUAACUUUCUUUGUUUCAUGGACUGUUGUUAGGGUCAAGUAUAUUGUUAAGGACGUUUUGUUAUCCCUUGUUUUACACCAGCUGUGUAGAAAAAAAAUGCUUCACAGGAGGUUAGAAACAACAAACUAACAAUCUAACAAAAACAAAAUAGAGGCAUCGCAAAAAGAAGAUGGUUAUAAAACCCUUUCACAACAGCUUUACCAAUGCCGCCAUUUUGAAGAACACGAACGUUUGGCACGUUGAACUCACUUAGCAAUCUACAUCCUCUCCCUUACUAGUUGUGAGCUUCAUUGAGGAAAAAACAAAGAAAUGAAAUGAAUUAAUUAUUUAAAAUAUAAAAAUUUAAAAAAAAACAUUAAGGAUAGGUGAUUUGGGCUUCCAAAAAAGCCUUUCUUUUGGCUGCAAAUCUGUGUUUAGUUUUAAAUAAGGUUGUACGUUACAAAUAUAUAGGCUGCACAUGUUCUUUCCUUACUAUCAAAUUGUAAUUGUAUCAUUCUCAUAUUAUGGUAUUUUGAUUACUUCUUUCUAGUCUGCUCAUUCCAGAAGUUCAACUUGGUGUUUCUAGUGGAUGGGUCUGGUAGCAUUGAAGGGCAGGGGUCUGGGAAUUUCCAACGCGCGAAGGACUUCGUGAAAUCUAUUAUAGAGGAGUUUGACAUUAGCAGGGAUGGCACUAAUAUCGCUUUCGUGCUUUUUGCGUCUAGCGUCCAAGUCGUCUUUUCAUUAAAUGAGUUUUACAACAAGGCUGACAUGCAACAAGCCGUCCAAGCCGUACCGUAUCCUGCGGGCGGUACAAAAACAGGAGCAGGUUUGUAUGACCCUAUGCGUGUCUCAUCGAUUGAUUGAUUGAUUUGUGUAUUUUCCAUAAGGUGGACGCCAACCGCAAAAAAGUACCAGAUAGAAAAGAUGCUGAUAUAGAGAAGAACUUAUUAGGCCCCCGAGGCAGUUAUCUGUGUCUUGGCUAUAUCUCAGUAAUGUAGCUGACAUUUGACGGUGAUGAUUAUGAUGAUGAAGACGAUAACGAUGAUAAUGAUGAUGAAGACGACGAUGAUCAUCAUUAUUAUUCUUAUUUCUAUCGUCGCAGGUUUGGAUGUGGUUCGCAGUCAGAUUCUAGCCAAUCUGGGUGAUCGCAGUAAUCUUACAAACAUUGUUAUUGUUGUAACGGAUGGACACUCCGGUGACGACGUUCGAGCCCCUUCCAGUAGGCUUCGGGAUAUGAAUGUGACGAUAAUCAGUGUGGGGGUGGGUUGCUGCUACGAUAUUUUUAACUUAAAGGAUAUGGCAUCGGAUCCAGACGACGAUUACGUUUUUGAGGCUACUUUCACGACCUUGGAUACGAUCGUCGGUCGCAUGCGACAGCGAAUUUGCAGUGGUAAGUAAAAACGAGUGAAAUAUGAGCACUGGAUGUGAACGACAAGUGCAGGCACGGUCAAUAAAAUACGUGUUACAUGAGCAACAGAUGAAAAAGAAAACUUUAAGAUGUUUUGUAUGUGAAAAUAUGGACUGAUAUUGCUUGUCUUCAAUCAAUACUUCGGCUGUAACAAUAGCCCAUGAGCCUUCGGCUUCAUGGGCUGUUGACGCAGAGGCCAUGAGGGUGAGAGGAAUAAUUGUUUCAUUAAAAUCCGAGACAAAACAACUUUAGCUAGAAAAACGCGAUUCAGCCGCCAUUGUUUGCGCUUUUCGCUACUAGUGGGCUAUAACAUAUAGCCUAGUAGUAGCUCAACCAAUCAGAACGUAGCAUUGAGAAUGGACCACUAGUUGUAUUUUACUAAAACCUCUUACCUGGUAAUUCUUCGCAGUAUUCAAAUUUCUUGUCAAAAUUAGGCGUAAUAUUGCUCCCACUUUCUUUCCCUUUUGUUGUCUUUCCAUUGCGCCCGGUUAAGGUAUACUAGAUAUCAACCCUUUAACAUGUUAACCUUUCUAGUGAUGGGAUAAUUUAACGAAUACGAUGUACAAGGGAAAAAAUUCCUCAACCUUGUGCCAUAAAACUUCUCCACUAUCCCCUCCACUCUUUUGUACUGCGUUAUACAGUUGGCUUUGAAAAUUAAGACGUAAAUAUGUGUCGCGAGCUCUCUAAGAUCAUAUAAAUACAGCGUCGUUUGAAACACGUGGUGGUUUAGCCACAAACUUAGAUUUCACCAAAAAACCCGAUUUAGUCAGAACGUUAAGAAACUAGACGUUUUAGACUUGAAACUUGUUAUAAUGCUUUUCUUUAUUUAGCUAUUGUUCUUAUUCUUUGUACUUUGAAUAGUGGUGGAUCAUUGCUCUCAUAAACCUUGUGCUAAUGGUGGAACUUGCACUAGUGAGCCAAGUGACUUUAUCUGCAAUUGUACAGCACCAUGGACAGGAAAAGAUUGCUGGACAGGUUAACUGUUUGAGUUAUAUAUCUCAUCUUGCAAUCUAUUUAUAAUGGUAAUUGAACUGAGUGGAGUGCAAUUUGUAGAGCGAAUCUCAUCAUUUCGAGUGCAAUUUGAAAUAAAUCAGCGCGGGCGGGUGCAAUUUGUGGUCUGAAGAAUUAAGGAAAGAUUUCUGGACGCAGAAUAUUUGAGUCUCAAUGUCCACUUGAAACUAUAAUAUCUCCUUCAAGUCUCUCAAAAACUGGUGGGGGCGGUGUUCUUUGGUCCCAUUGGGUCCAGGAAAAAAAAAAGAAAAAAAAAGAUCAACAUCUACUUUUCAGGGUCACACGCAGUUAGGAUGCUAAUACAGUACGUAUGCAUUCUCAAAACCAUGUUUACUAUCUGUAUAUGUCUACUUUCAACCUUUUGAUAAAUACUUUCAAGGAGAAAUCGCCCACGCCAUAUCAUCACAUGUCACGCCAAAUCAGUUAAACACUGUUAUCCUCUUUACAAGAUUCACAAGAAAGUAUUGA